AUGGAGAAGAGCAGAGACACCGCUUGGACCUUCACCACAAUGGAGGCCCCUCACAUCUGCCAGGAAGGCUGUCUGACUGGUGAGGACACCUCUCAUUCUCCCAUCACGGCUUUGGUGGCCCAGGAGCUGGUGGAUGACCAGGCGGGGAAAGACUUCGAGGCUGGCAUUGGUUUGCAGAGGGACCAGGAUGACAUUCUUCCGUGUGAAGGUGUGCAGCAAGGAGAGGAGGGUCUGUCAGCUGAAGAGAUAGCAUUUUUGGAAGAGUUCCCCAUCGUGAAGGAGGAGCUAGAAGCCGGCAUCAGAAAGCUCCACGCCCUUGCAGACCACAUCGACACAACCCACAGAACACUCACCAAAACCAACAUGGCGGCCAACUCCAUGGCGGUGGUCUCAGGAGCCAUGAGCAUCCUGGCUCUAGUCCUUGCUCCAGCAACAGCAGGAGGAAGUCUGAUGUUCUCCGCUGCUGGUAAAGGUCUGGGGACAGCAGCUGGGGUCACCAGCAUCUUGACCAACAUUUUGGGACACUUUCGAAAUCAAGAAGCCCGAGCUCAGGCCAGCAGCCUAGUGCCCACCCGUGGCCACGAGGUCGGGGAGCCCGGGGGGCAGGAGGCAUCUUACCUCAUGGCUGUUGGAAAGAUGGCUUAUGAUUAUGGAAGUGCCAUCAAGGAUAUUAAGAAGGACAUCCGCGCCCUUCAGAUAGCUAGAGCCCACCCACGUCUGGCCACUGCUGCUAAGCGUCUCCUGACCACUGGCCGAGUCUCGGCCCGAAGGAGCCGGCAGGUGCAAAGGGCCUUUAAAGGCACGACGCUGCUGAUGACGACAAACAUUCGCUUGCUGGGGAGUGCGAUGGCGGGCUUAUCCCUCGGCCAGGACUUGACCGCCCUCCUGAAGGACUGGAAGCAACUGAAGGAAGGAGCAAGGACGAAGUCUGCGGAAGAGCUGAGGGCCCAGACCUGGGAGCUGGAAAGGAUGCUGACAGAACUCACCCAGCUCUAUGAGAGCCUGAAGCGGAGGAAACUCUUCCAAGAGGAAAGACCCAGGAACUCAUCUUCGGGAGGAGCCACGGGGUCUCUGCCCCAGCCCCCAGCCAGGCGUGGGGAAGCAGGACCCCAGGGGACACAAGAGGAUGAGGGCAGGCUGAGCCGCCGGGCCUCUGAGCAGAAUUAAAAGGGGCAGGGCGGAGGCGGGCUGGUUGGCAGAAGGGAUGCCCGGAAACUGAGCAACCGGGAGGUCCACCUGGGUCCCGAGGGCGCUGUCGGCUGGUGAGGGUGGCCAGGGCCAUCUGUCCUGCCUCUCCUUUGCCACCCGGCUUCUUCAUUGUCCCCCACUCUUCCCUGGGGAGCCACCUCAUUCCCACUGCUUUGUCAGCACCCAGGCUCUCAUGUGCACACAGGCUCUCUGCUAAGCGGGGACCAUAAGACAAGGAAGGUCCCUCAGGUGAAGGUCACCUUGGGCUCACCUUGCGCUCACCGGCUGCCUUGCUCUGCUCUCUUCCUCCCCCCGCCCUGCAGUAAAACCCUGGGUUUGCACACACAGGGAUGUCACCGGAACCUGCCGGACCAGAUUCCAUCAGGAGCCCUCCCUUUCUCCCCAAGUGCUCUGCACAACUUAGGACCUCUCCAGGCUUCCCCAUUCCCCUGUCUCUUCUUCUUUUCUUCUUUUUUAUGUUUUAGCUGCUAUUUUGAAAGCAGUGCAUGGACAUGAGGUACAACUUUUUUUAAAGUUCAGGAAAGUAAAAACCAGGCGUUGGAAACAAUGCAUCAACCAAGGGUGACCACUGUUGGCAGCCGGGUGUGGAAUUUCCUUCCCGUGGUUACUUGCUUUGGGUGUUAAAGUGUAGCGGUCAUUAGACUGCGUGCGGGCGGGGGGCGGGGCUUCCUCCAGGCUGCCUUUACAUAAUAGAUUUUUUUUUUUCUGCAGCCCACUGAGUGGUCUUGCUCACAUUCUCAAUUCCUUCAUUUGCCUACAGAUCUAGCACUUUCCAUUUUGCUGUUUUCACUUAGUUUUUAUAGACUUUUUUCGUGUGUUGCACAAUAUUCUCUUGAUUAUAUGUAGUCUUUUAUUUUUU